GUGUUCUCUGUACCUGGUGGAACACGUACUGCCGCCGUAGUGCUGUGUGGCGACGAAGGGGGAAAUUCAGCAAUAUUGUUUUAUCUUUCGAUUAGUGUGUUGCUUUAUGCUAAAUAAACCAUUGUAUCCUCGUAAAACUGACUUUAUUUGGACUAAAUUCAGUGACUAGACUGCUAAAUAAUUUUCUGUUCUCAUCAAUAGAAAGCGUCGGAUCACCGUUUACUUGAGGCGGAGCAAACCGACACAUGACGCUAGAGGAAAAUGGCGUCCCUGGCAGCGACGGCGACGAGCGAGCGGCCUCCUUCCUCCCCGCAGGCGACGUCGGGGGCGCCAGGAGGGUGUCGGAGCUGCCACCGACGGCCAUGUUCCCCCUCAGUGUGUCCAGGACGCGGCUCGACAAGGAUGAUUCCACGGAGAGCGACGAGAUGGCGGGGGAGCCUUCGCUGACGUGUCCCAUGGAGCCACAGCAUCAGGGGAAAGUAUUACUGAACGCAGAGGUGUCGCUGCCGGUCGACGCGGUCUUCGCCCUCCUCUUUCGCCAGGACCAGCUCAUGACAGACGUUUACGCGGCCAGGAAAACAACAGACGUAACAAGUAGCCCGUGGCAAGACCAGGAGGGGGAGCCCAGCACACGCACCGUUACUUACAACAUGGCCCUUUCCCUCUCGACUAUUGGAGCAAAAGCAUCUUUCGUCACGGAGACGCAGACUCUGCAGAUAAGUCAUCCAGGACAAGUGUUCGUGGUUGAGACAGACUCCGUGAAUUCGGGCAUCCCCUACGCUGACGCCUUCUCCGUCUUCAACCACUAUUGCCUCACCAGGAAGUCUAACGACAGAACGCACAUUCGCGUCUGGUCGUCUAUCAAAUACAAAAAACAAGUGUGGGGAUUCGUGAGAGGAAUGCUGGAGAAAAACGUGUACGCCGGCGUCGAGGCGCUCCUGGCCGAGAUGGCGUCGCAGGUCUCGGCGGAGGCAAACAAAUCGGUCCAGCAGACAACAGUGCGACGACGGCGCCGCGGAACGAACGCCAUGGGACGCCCGAGACCAGAGGCUCGACCGCAGCCCAAGCCCACUUCAGAAACACCUCGCGAGAAGAGCUACUGGCUAGUGAUAAUAAUUCUGGUGGCCAUGACAAUCCUGGCUUUGGGUAACAUAUUCCUCUUCGUGAAGUUGUGGCGUCUCGAACAACAAUCAUCCGACCACAAAAGCCCUCUCCUGGACACCCCCGCCGUCAGGUACCUCGGAAUGACGGGGUCGUGGGAGGUCGUGGCGAGAAUCCUGCAGCGCCAGGAGAUCCUGCACGAGAGCCAGGUGGAGCACUGGAAAGCCACUGUUAGCGAAGCCAACCAAAAACUCUUGCAGAUCUACGACUCCUUGGAGCAGAUGCUGACGAGUGUCCCCGAGCACGUGGAGACGCUGAAGCUGACCCUCAUGCACAACGCCGCGAAGGCCACGUCGGAGACAGAGGGAGAGACGCAAGAGAUAACGCCGCUUGCCUCUGGCGAAGAAGGAGACCAAGACCCCUUGGCUGACCCUCAAGAGCCUAUCGAUGAUCAGUGAAUUUUUCGAGGCGGAGUUCGGGAAGAGUAUUUUGAUACUGUGCUUAUACUACGCUUCGUCCAGUGAGGUAUAAUUCACGAUGAUCAAAAGAAGAAGAAAAAUAAUAAUAGAGAAAAAAAACAAACAAAUAAGUAGUAAUGAUAAAGAAGAGGGAUGCAGAUAAAAAAAAUGUAUCCAUUGAAUUUCAAAUGCAAAUCAGUUCACAUAUGAAUAGCAAGGUUGCACUUUUAUGUGAUAUCAUAUUUUUCACACACGUGUACGGCCUGCGUGUGCCUAUGUACAUGAAUAAAUAAAUCGGUUGUUAAAUAGAUGAAUAAGCAGACAAAUGAAUAAAAAAUAGAUAGAUA